AUGAGUAUAUGGUCGGUGAUUGAGACCAUUCUGACGGUUAUAAUCACCUUUUUCACCAUCUUGUAUUUCAUAUGUUCAUUUGAAGAGUAUCUAGAACGAAAAGAAAGAUUAUCACAAAAACCACCACCAUCAUAUACACCACGUAUUGAUCCAAAACAAAAUAACGUCAUAACUCAUGAUGGAAGAAUUUAUGGUAGUUCAACCAAUUAUUUAGUGGCUGGGUCAGGUAAUAACACUUAUUUUUUACUGGGACAAACUUCUUUCAAUCAUAGACUGAAUGGUGGAUCAAAUGAGAUUAAUUCAAGUCCAAUUGAUGAGGAUAAUUUAACGAAAAGAUCAAAGAUUAAAAGAAAAAUUUAUUCGAAAUGGAAUAGAUUGUUUCGUAGGGAAAAAUACGAAGUUUUAGGUGCUGCAAACAUUGAAGAAAUUCACAAUAGCAACUUAGAUUUGGGAUCAAACUUUGGUUUACCGCCUCCUUAUAGUGUUUACAAUGUUAAAGAUGAAAUUGUCGCAGGUUCCUCAAGUUAA